AGACAACGCGUUCUUGCAUGCAUUUAAAUGAUCAAACAAUUGUUUGAUGGUAGAUUUUUUUAAAGUGCAGCGUGCUAUUCGAUGUGGAACAAUGCUGCAAGAGAACCCCGUUGCUGGUCGGACUGUUUUUAUUGUCCCACUUGGCCAUUAUCAGUGCUCAAAACUGUUUGGUUACGAAGCGUUUGAACCUACUGUAUGUGCAUCGCUAUCUUAUCAAUUUAUUUUCUAUUUCGAUAACGUUAACGUUAGAUGUAUAGUUGAUUCUAUUUUAGAAAUAUAAAUGCUACCAGAAGAUACGAGGUGAGAAACAGAACUAAGAAUAUCUGCAGGGAAGUCCAAACUGCAGAAAAGCUAAGAAUGAAUAUACUAAGAGUUUUGUACCCACAUGUCUCGUCUAAAUGUUGCAGCAUUAACGUCAGGUUUAAUGGAUCUGCCCGAAAGAGAAACCUACCGUAGUAGGCUACAAUACACAAUGCCGAUAAAGACCCUCAGUGAUGGCGGCGUUGUGGUCAAACAUCUCCGCCAUCUUGCCUCCGGACGAGGCCGGCUUCCCGCUCCAGUUCAGCGACAGCGUGCACUCCAGUGUGGCGGAGUUGCUGCUUCGCUGCAGGCGGCGGCUGUACACCGACAGGAGCCUGAGGAUCCUGAACCCCCGGGACCACGCGCUGACCCUCGCCCAGAUGGUCACCGACCUCUCCUGGGAGCGGCUCAACACGGGCACGUGGCGCGACGUGGACAAGGAGUGGCGGCGGGUCUACGCCUACGGCUGCCUGUUCAAGGCCCUGGCUCUGUGCCGCGGGGACCCGUCCCCGGAGAGAGUGCGCCAGGCCGUCAGAACGUGCGACAUGGGCUUGAUGAUGGGCGCGUCCAUCAUGGACAACGUUCUCAACAGCCUGGUGCAGAUCCUGCAGACAGAGGUCAGGAGAGCCACCAAGGAGGAGGUUCCCACGGAGCCCCGAGUUCAAGCAAAGAAGAUCAAGCUUGAAGUCCCACCUGCUCCUGUUAUUGAACAAACCACUGCAGUUCCCAGGAUGAAUUGCCCUUCACUGGAACGCUUCAAGAACAAUAAUCUGCUCACCAACCAGCCAGUUAUUCUGGAAGGAAUAAUAAACCACUGGCCAGCCCUUAACGACCACAGCUGGAGCCUAGAAUACAUAAGAUCAAUUGCUGGAUGCCGAACGGUGCCAGUGGAAGUUGGGUCAAGAUACACCGAUGAGGAGUGGUCACAAAGACUGCUUACUGUCAAUGAAUUCAUUGAUAAAUACAUUUCAGUAAAAGUGGACGACGUACCAGUGGGGUAUUUGGCCCAGCACCAGCUCUUUGAUCAGAUCCCCGAGCUGAAAGAAGACAUCCGCAUCCCCGACUACUGUUGCCUGGGCGACGAAGACGAGGACAACAUCACCAUCAACGCGUGGUUCGGCCCCUCGGGAACAGUCUCCCCACUCCACCAAGACCCCCAGCAUAACUUCCUGGCUCAGGUGUUGGGAAGCAAGUACAUUCGCCUAUAUUCCCCCAGCGACAGUGGGAGGCUCUACCCUCAUGAAUCACCGCUCCUCCACAACACCAGCCAGGUGGAGGUGGAGAAUCCCAACGUAGAGCGCUUCCCAGAGUUUGUGGACGCUCCCUACCGGGACUGUGUUCUGAAGCCCGGGGAGGUACUCUUCAUCCCCACGCAGCACUGGCACUAUGUGCGCUCCCUGGAGCUCAGCUUCUCAGUGAGUUUCUGGUGGUCGUGACGCACAGAACUGAAACUGUAUAGAUUUUUGUAUGAUUGUAAUAAAACAAGUUUAAAAUCUGUAAUUUUCUUAUUAUGGAAGAAGGAACAACUGAUGACUCUGAUAAAGGGUUGUCACAAUAACAAUUAAAUUACUUGUAUUCCAACGGCCAAGACUUGCUUUUCAGUGUAAUGAGGGACACAGGUUUCCCACAAUCUUGAUCCAUUGAAAAACGGCCAAACUAUUAAACGCCAUUUUAUACCAAAAUUAAAAAGGAACCCACAGUGUUUGAACUGCCUUGCGCUCCUCUCCUGCAAAUGAAUUAUAGAGCUGUUAGUCAUUUUAAUUUAAUAGAAUAUGCUUUUUCAAAUUACAAUAUUUAAUUUUUGCCUCCAAAUGUAUUCGUACAAACACUCUCUGGUGUCGUAUUUCCAUAAUGUAUGCCAACAGCGGGCUGGCUUAUCAGAUGUAAUUGCCUGAUGAAAAACAUGCCGUUUGCGUAGUUAAAAACGAUGUAUCCUGCCUUGCCAGUUUAACUUAUAAGCGGUAAUCAGGUGUUGUAUUUACUAUUUAGUCAUUUUGCAGGUGCUAUUAUUCAAACUGACACAGUGAAUGCAGAAACAGGAGAUUAGAGAAGGGAGUUAGUGGGGUAGGCGUCUUGCAGUGAUGUCUUCAGGUAGGCUACAAAUAUUGGGCAUUGAACCCAGAACACUAGCCGUUACACUAUCCUGCUCCCCAUAUCUAAAUGAGCACAUUUUGUUUAUUAACGAGUAAAUAAAUCAUAAACUGUACAAGUUGGUCUGUGGAUGUGGGAGGGAAUAGGAAAAAUAAUGACGUCAAGGCCAUGAGAAGCAAAGGCUCAAGAAAAACACAUCUGGUUCAUGAAUGAACAUUACUUAAUUGAACGGGACUCACUCGAUGACCUCACUCCAUCGAUCAUGUGACAUAUUGAUCACUAAGCAAUCUAGUGUUGGGCUUUAAAAAUAAACUACCAAUAUGGUGCAGUGUGUGGAUCGUUCACUUGGCCCUCCAGUGUAUAGGGCCCAUCAGUGUUCACCUGUGUGUGUGUUUGUGUGUGUGCACGUGCCAAGUGCAGUGUGAUCUACCGAAAGUUCUGAAAAAAAUACAAGCACCCAAUGAGGUGACACCCGGUUUAUGCGACGUUUCAGUCGAUUACGAUUACCCUUGUAAUUAAAUGCAAUUUUAAGAAUAAAUCCUGUAUAUUCCACUUAAA